CUUUGAUUUUAACCUCAGUAAAAAUAUAAUAUCAAUUAUAAGCCAAAUGUCGCUGUAUGGCAAGAUAAAUGUAAAUAUUUAUGGUAAAGAUGAUAUUAAUAAAGGGUCUAUUGAGCGAGAACCGGUAACAUAUGUUGUGCAACAAAUAGAGGCAAAAAAAGGGACGAUAUCGCAAGAAAUUGAUGAACAUCGACGUAUGACGUCAGCGGCAUUACAAUUUCAGCCUAUUCGCCGACCUUUACAAGCUAAAAAAAAUGUAAAAAAGCCGCUAUCUUCUGCUUCAUUAUCGUCAGAACCUUUAAAAUCUCAUCCGGUUUUUCAUAAUAUAAGUUCAUUGGAUUAUUGGAGUCAUAAAGAUGAAGAUUUGAAUGAAUCUUAUGAUAUGACAGAAAGUCGUAAAAUAGCAAAAAAUAAAAAGAAAAAGAAGAAAACGAAGGAUUCAGAAACCGUUGUAUUAUCUUGGGAUGAUUCAUAUGAUCCUUUUAAACCAAAUGAUUAUGAAGAAUAUAAAAAGAGUGAUGAAUCGGUUCAAGAGAUGAUUGAUUGGAAAAAUAAGCAAGAAAGAAAAUCUAGAGAAAAGGAUACAGUAGAAUAUAAAAAUAUGGAACAAUUUGCACCACCUGCAAAUUAUUCUCCUUCUCAUUCAUCUAAUGUAAUUGAAUUUUCUCAAACAGCAGAGCCUGUUACUACUAUUUCAUUGGAUGAAACAGCUGAAGAGGCAUAUGCUAGACGGGUUGCAAUGUCACAAAAUAAAAAUGUUGAAGCCGAUUAUCGAUCAAGUUAUUCAACUGAGCCUACAUAUGAAAUAGAUACACCUAAACAGUCUUUUCUUCCUUCGAGUUCAUCAGAGGAUCCUGUUUUUGUGGAUCAGUCUCAUAAGGCUUUGAAUAAUCCUUUGGAAAUGUCUUAUGAUAAGCAACAUCUUCAAACUUUCAAUAAAACGACUAUUACUCGAGAGCCUCAGAUGUACGAUAUAAAAACGACUAAUUCAUCUGAAUCUAUGACUUCCUCUAUAGAUUCUGAAAAUUCAAAGACUCCAGAAUCUUCAGGAUUUCAAAGUAAUUCUAAUAUGCCAGGUCAAAAGAAGUUUGCUGAAAGAUUAAUGAAAAAAUAUGGAUGGGAAAAAGGCAAAGGAUUAGGUGCAUCCAAUGAUGGGAUAGUUAAUCCUUUGAUUGUUAAACAAUCAAAAGAUCGUAAAAAUAUUGGCUCAAUUAUAAACAAAAAUCAACCUGAAAAAACUGGAAAAUUUGGAAAAUUGAGUAAAGUUAUUUUGCUUACAAAUGUUUCCGAAUUGGAAACUGUGGAUGAUGAAUUGUCUCAAGAAAUAGGUGAUGAAUGCAAUAAAAGUUAUGGAAAAGUUGAGCGAUGUUUUAUAUAUAAAAAUAUGAAUACCACUUUGGCUAGUGACAUUGUAAGGGUAUUCGUUCUUUUUACUGAUACUAUUAGUGCAUUGAGGGCCGUUAAUGCUUUAAAUGGUAGAUUAUUUGGAGGCAAAGAAAUUCAAGUUAAAUUUUAUGAUUUUGAUAAGUUUGAAAAUGGAGAAUAUGAUGCAUAACAAAUUAUUAAGGCUCUAAAAAUUACAAAUUCAUUUAUUUUAA